AUGAAUGAGGAUAAAGAGCAAAAGAUCAACAUACACGAUAUAUUGAAUACAAGACCGAAGCUCACCAAAAAGACAGCCCUAGAUGUUUUCUUCGAAGAUCUGGAUGACAAUGUAAUUACUCCCAUAAACGAAUAUGUUCUUGAUUCAGGCUCAUCAUCAUCCUCUUCCAUUUAUCAGGCGUUGAAGUGCUCAAAUAACAAUGAGUUUGUUGCAGUACUUUUACAGAAAUUCCAGAAUUUGCACAUUCACGUACUAGAACAGCAACGGAGGCUCAUCGAAAGUAAAAGUGACUUAUUGCCUAUCUCAUUGCAUGAUAUGAAAUACGUAGACGAACUGAUAAAUCUUUUGAUUAUUCAUGGUAUAGAUGCUAAUUUGUCUCCUACGAUGAAAAUUCCAUUCGAUUCGAAAAGAAUAAAUACUUUCAAGAAGGGCCAAAAAAGCGCAGAAUAUGAAACGCCUCGAUGGCACACCAUAAAUAACGAUACUUUAUCUCAAGUCAUAACUGUCUUUUAUAAUGUUCUAACUAGUGAGAGGUCUUCUGACUACCUGAGAGAAAUAAUAUCAAAAGGCAGUGCUUACGCAAACAUUUUAUUAGGUUUGAUUGUGUUACAUUUGCAGUUGCCUAAUAGGUACUCUUCACAAAUGAUUACAAAUCUAGAAGAUACUCAAGAAACUUAUACUUUGUUUGGGGUUUACACUCUACUAGUAGAAACAAUUCAAGACGAAAAGGUUAGGGAGCCAAUCCUUUCGAAGUUAACAACGUUAACUCUACGAAGACCGGAAAAUGGUCUGAUCAGCUUGAUUGAUUUCGUUUUGGGUGUGAGAGAUGCUGAAGAUAUAGAUAUUGAAAAGUUUAACCGUAUCUACCAAAUUUUGAUGAGUAAGCCAAAAACAAUGACAAAUUUGCAAUACUUGACGGAACUAUUCAAGCAAAUUUAUGAUGGUCUCACCUUUGUGAACAGGCCUAUCCUGGUCACUUGUUUGAACGGACUAAUCCUUAAAUUUUACCUGAGGAAUAAGAGGAUUGUUAACGAUUUUUUGUUUAAGAAGGUCCGCUCCAUUAUCUUUAAUUCCCCGUUAACUGAUCAUACAGCAAAGGAACUGAACGAUGUUAUAAACGUUCUUAUAUCUUUAUCCAAAAAUUCUUCAUCGGAUUUGCUGAAUGAUUUAGUUACUAGUUGCCCUGAUGAAGACGGUACUACGCCUGGACAGUUCUUUUUAUAUGUAUGGAUAUAUGCUCUUUUUUUGAAGAAAAACCAAAAACUAGACCCAUUAGAAAUAAACAAAUUGUCUAUUUCAGAUAAUAAAAGCACAGACAGCAUACAUUUUCCAGAGCAAUCUUCCUCAAAGUAUUACGAGGUUGUAUUAUCAUUAUUAAAAUCUCUAAUAGUCAUAACAGAAAAUUUUCAAUAUCUAAAUGUACUGAGCCUUAACUUACUGAAUUUUGAGCACGAGAAAUGGAAGUAUUUAAUUGAUCUUGAUACUCAGCUACCCUACAUAUCGGUUAAAAACACAGAUAUGGCAGAGUUGUUUUUCGAAAAAGGAUCCAAAAACUCUCAAAUUUCUGAGUUUCUUCAAGAUAUGGACCUUUCGAUAGAAUUAUUUAUGGAAUUUUUAGUGCUGCUAAAUGAUGAGGAACAAUCAAAGACUUUAUUUUUAGAUAUUCUGAAAAGAUGGGUCCAUCAUACAAAAAAAAGUGAAAAAAGAUCUUCCGAUAAUCAUAGCGGGAUGCCAAGCGUUACAGAUAACGCGUUAAUACUCAUGGACUUGAAACUUUUGGAAUGUAUGAACAACCGAUUUAAAACCAAGAUUGUUAAUAAACCUAAGGACGUUCUUAUUGUUAUUGAUCAAUUGAUAGAUGUUGUUCAGGAAAAAGAUGAAACAAUACAGGAAGUAGAAGCAGAUUCUGACGACGAAGUUGAAGAAGGAGAAGAAACAGAAGAAUUGGAUCCAAAUGAAAAUUCUUCCUACAAAAUUAUCUUGCAGUUAUUAUCAACCGUCCUUUCAGAAUCGUCCAGUAGUAUAUUAUUGCAAAACAGUUAUAUAUUGAAAUCCAUUUCUAGAAAAUUACAAUCUUUCAACACUAAUGCUUCCGAAAUAGAUGCAUUAUUGGCAUCAAUAGAUAAUAUAUUGAUUAACGGACAUACUACGGAAAGGAACGACAACAUAGAAAUUGAGAUGGAUGAGGAAAGGCUUGACAAAGCGAUAACUAGUCUACAUGAUCCUUUAGUGCCCAUAAAAUCUUAUGGUUUAACAGAACUACGUCAUCUAGCUGAAAAGAAGUCUCCAGUAAUUUCACUGGAAAAGGUGUUGCAAAUACAUUUAGAUUAUUUAAAGAAUAUGGACCCUUUCAUUUAUCUCAACGUUAUUAAAGGACUUACAACGCUAUGUGAAUUAGAGCCAGAAACCAUAUUGCCUCUACUUGCAGAAUUUUAUGCUAACAAAAAAAAGAAAAACAGAUUAGAUGAUGUGCUGAAAGUUGGAGAAGUGUUCAUCAAUUACAUUCAACGUCAGAACGAAUUGUUCCAGGGUAAAUUGGCUUAUCUGAUUAUAGAUACCUGUCUUAGUAUUGUGAGGCCAAAUGAUAGUAAACCAUUGGACAAUAGAUGGCGUAUGUCAUCCAUGUCAAUCUUAGGUAUGUGCCUUCAAAUCAACGCCAGGGGUGUCUCGGAUAGAAUUCGCGAUAUGCUGGAUUGUGUAUUUGGAAUAUUGCAAUUAGAACAACCACAAAAUCAUUUGAAGGACAAGGAUGAUUCUUUUUUGAUGAGAAGAAGUGCCGUACACUUGAUACAUGAUUUGUUGUACAGUACAGGAUUUGAUUUACUUCCCUUUGAGUACAACUACGAUAAGCUAAAAACACUAUUAUCUUACGUUCGUGAUCAAGAUGAAGAUUACAUGGUUUGUGAACAGAUUGACAAGCUUUUAACCGUACUAGAUAGUUUAUAA